AUGCCCAACGCCUCUUCCUGGAGUGCUAGCUCGCCUCUGCUGCUGCUCUGGGAGGACUCCUCCGGGACCCGCAUCUUCCUCUCGCUGCUCUAUGCAGUCUUGGCUAUCUCAGGGACUUUAUCCAAUGUAAUGGUCAUCUACUUAGUCUUCUCCUUCAAGAAGCUGCAGACAACCAGUAAUGCCUUCAUUGUGAACGGCUGCGCGGCAGACCUGAGCGUGUGCGCCCUGUGGAUGCCCCAGGAGGCUGUGCUGGGGCUGCUGCCUCCCAACUCCUCCUCCCUUCGCUCGGCGGAGUACCGGCUGCUCCGAGGGGGGCUCCUCGGCCUCGGCCUCACCGUCUCCCUGGCCUCCCACCUGCUGGUGGCCUUCAACAGGUACGUGCUCAUCACCAAGCUGCCCAGCGUGUACCAGGCCCUCUACCAGCGGAGGCACACGGGCUGCAUGAUCGGGCUCUCCUGGGCCCUCGCCCUGCUCCUGGUCCCGCUGCUGCCGGGGCUCUGGACCCCGGGCUCUGCCCAGCAGCCGCCCCCGCGGCAGACGGACGGCAGCUCCCGCUACACCGCCCUGCUCCUCGCCCUGGCCGUGCUGGGCCAGACCGCGCUGCUGCUCCACUGCUACCUGGGCAUCGUGCGGCGGGUGCGGGUCAACUUAAGAUCAGUUUCUCUGAGAAAUUACUGCUCAGAGAAGCCCCGUAUGCCUUGUUCUACAGCCAUAUUCUUUGUAUUUCCACAUUGUAAAUACUCCAUGGUAAAUCGCAAUGGAAGCUUGGCUUAG